AUGGACCCCCCGAACGUUGCCAUCCUGCAUCAGCUGGUCUCCUGCAUGGCGUUGAUCGCGUCCCACUGGCUCGACUGGGUGGUCAGGGGUGACUCGAGCAUGGCGGCGGACGAGCUAUACCAGCGCUGGAUUCGCGCGGUCCAGGGUAUCAGGGCGCGGCCCACUGAACCCACCUGCAAACAGUCUGCGCCUGGUCGUAUCAUCGACUGUGCGGACUGCACCCAGAAUCUCCUGUCGCGGGUCUUGGGGCCCAGGGUUGACGAGUCCACGCCGCGUCCUGGUCAUGCUGCGGUGCACCUGCCGCUGUUGGCCAACGACCGCACGUUAUGGAAGCGGGGGCCGUUGGAGCCAACCAGCCCGCCUGACAUCAGGCCAGGCUGCUCGAGGCAGCCGAGGUCCUGGGCAUGGCUGCAGCUCCAGGAGCUCGUCCUGAACGCCACAACGGACCAGCAGCUGCAGCACUGCUGGGACGGCGUCCUGAGUGGGCAAGAGGCCGAGCCACUGGACAACUGCGACAUCGUGGGCGGCGACGUGCAAAAGCGCUACGAGGGACGCGCUGGUGCGCCUGCCACCAAGUUGGUCCAGGUCAAGACGGUCAAAUGGGCCAAGCACCUCCUCAGGGCGAAGACCCACUUGGCCAAGCUGAUCGGGCUCAUGAUCCAGCACCUAGUCCAGCGGCUGCCUGGGGCGGCCAAGAACCUGGCGGCGCUCUUGGAUCUUGGGCUGGAGCUCAUCAUCAAACCGAACUCCGAGCAGACUG